UGAAUCUCGAUCUCUCAAUUUUUUUCUCGAGCUCCCUCCUCUCCCUUUGUCAUUCUAGCUGCCUGCUGCCUCCGCAGCGUCCCUCUAGCUGUCCCUGUGCUUGCCUACUGCAUCCUAGACUGACCGUCUGCGCAAAGCAGGAUUAGUUGGGACUUGCCUUGGUGACCCCAUGGCAUCCCCCAGAACCAUAACUAUCGUGGCCCUUUCUGUGGCCCUGGGACUCUUCUUUGUUUUCAUGGGCACUAUCAAGUUGACCCCCAGGCUCAGCAAGGAUGCCUACAGUGAGAUGAAGCGGGCUUACAAGAGCUAUGUCCGAGCCCUCCCUCUACUGAAGAAAAUGGGGAUCAAUUCCAUUCUGCUGCGAAAAAGCAUCGGUGCCCUCGAAGUGGCCUGUGGCAUCGUCAUGACCCUUGUGCCUGGGCGUCCCAAAGAUGUGGCCAACUUCUUCCUACUUUUGCUCGUGUUGGCUGUGCUCUUCUUUCAUCAGUUGGUCGGUGAUCCUCUCAAACGCUAUGCCCAUGCUCUGGUGUUUGGAAUCCUGCUCACCUGCCGCCUGCUGAUUGCUCGCAAGCCAGAAGAAAGGUCUGCUGAGAAGAAGCCUUUGCCAGUGAACACAGAGGAGCAACCUUCCUUAUAUGAGAAGGCCCCUCAGGGCAAAGUGAAGGUGUCAUAGGAAUGCAGAAAUACAAAAUGUGGACCUUCCAGGCAGUUGCUUCUGUGACACCCAGGAAGAUGUCAGCCUGUGUUUUUAGUUUGGUUUAUUUAUCCUGGGGCAAGGGGGAAAAUGUAACCUGCAAGUUAAUGUCCCUAUUGGCUUGUAUACAUCUGUACCCUAAAAUGACCUCCCCACAUUGACAUUCGUGCAACACCUUUGAUCACUCUGGGGCGACUAUCACAUCUUGCUGCAUGUACAUAUAUACAGCUACUACUGAAGUGUAUUUGUGAGAUGGACUCCAGCAAGCAUGUGACUGUGCAAUCAUGUGUGGGGAAAUGUGCUUAAUUAUAGUGUGCGUGGUGUGUGUGUGUGUGUGUGUGCCUACACUCCCAUGUGUGGAGAUGGCUCUUAUCUUGAACUAAUCCUGCACAGUUAUCUUUCCCUUUAUAUGCUAAUGUCAGCAAAGGCAGCCUAACACAAUCCUGCUUACUUAAGGUAUAAAACAAGUGGCCUAUUCCCAUACAUGGGGGCAAUCCCUGCCUAAAAUGAGCUGAAAAGUUCAAUUUGUCACUUUAGAAAAAGAAUCCCUUCCUCCCUUCCAUGUGAAAGCUUAAAUUAAUAUGUAAAAUUAAUGAGAAUCUACUUCUACAGUUGUUUAAAUUUUAAAUAGUCCAUAUUGAGUUUCCUUACCACGAGAGAUCCAUGCAGUCAAGACAGUCUCAUUCUUCUAGGAGGAACCAGAGGAUGCUUUACCUUGCCUUGUCCCAGUCCAGCCUUCUCAGCCCUUUGACCAACAACUUCAAAUUAGAGCAGUAAACUUGCUACCAGACAUCCCUUUACAGUUUUCUUAAGCCUAGAGCUGCCUCACUUCCACUAUUCUCAGAAACAAGCCAGGAUUUGACAGCUGCUCACCUGGUGGCUAAGAGAGCAGGGAUUGGUCCUUUUAGAAGCCUGUGAAUCUCAAACUCCAGCUGUUCUCCAAAAUCAUUUGAAAUUCAAUAGAUGAACUGGACCCAGUGUUUCUGCCAAACAGACUAACUAGCUCGAUCGCUGGUAUAAGUGGCAUCUAAGUCAUCCCCAGGCUCGUCUCCUCUAUGCCUCUUUAUCAUUCCAGUGGGUGGAUUUCUACUGGGGGAAGAAUAUUUGGCAUGGGUUAGUUGGACUGAGCAGUAUGGACAUUUGCCUUCUUCAUUACGUACUGCUGUUUCUCCUUAUUAGAUGUGCUUUGAUGGUUUUAAUAUUCUUGUACCAUUGGGAUGGGGAAAGGGUGGGGGGGUUGUGUGUGGGGAGAGUAUUUACUGUAUUUUCUUCAGUGUCAUUGUUCCUGGUAAUUG